UAGUCGUCAGUGCCAGAAGCACCCAUUGUUUCGUAAUUUCGUUGGCCUUUACUCUUCUCCUUCCUCCUCCACUUGCUUCAGGGAAACCCUGCUUCGCCAAGAGCUCAAUUCAGAGAGCGAGAUCAGGAGAAACGCCGCGGCCCGCUUCAUCGCGCGCCCUAGGUGAUCAACGCCGAUUGUGCCCACCAGAUGGAGAGCCCCUACAAGGCCUAUGAGCCUCCUUCCAACUCCUCCAGCUACCGGAAGGACAAAGUCCGCCGCAAGAAGCUGACGGCGCAGAAGAGGAAGGAGAUCAAAGAGGCGUUCGACCUCUUCGACAUCGACGGCUCAGGCACCAUUGAUGCGAGGGAGCUCAACGUUGCCAUGAGAGCCCUGGGAUUCGAGAUGACACCGGAGCAAAUCAACCAGAUGAUCGCGGAGGUGGACAAGGACGGCAGCGGCACCAUCGACUUCGAUGAGUUCGUGCACAUGAUGACGGACAAGAUGGGCGAGCGGGACGCCCGGGACGAGCUCUAUAAGGCCUUCCGCAUCAUCGACAAGGACAGCAACGUACGGCGUUUGCAGCUUCUUCUAAAAAUUCCCGUUUUUAUCCUUUGCAAAAACAAAAUGUUUCCAAACAAGAAAAAUCAAUGGUACGGUGAUGCCCAGGGCAAGAUCUCCGACAUCGACAUCCAGCGGCUGGCCAUCGAGACCGGCGAGCACUUCACGCUCGACGAGGUCAGGGAGAUGAUAGAGGCCGCCGAUGAGAACGGUGACGGCGAGAUCGACCUGGAGGAGUUCAUGAAGAUGAUGAGGCGGACGAACCUCGGGUCUGGGUUUUAAUCCCAGGAAUGGAUUGUAUUGAUGAACAAUAGCCUAGUGAAUAAAAUUGCAGCAUAGAAAUUUAGUAGCUACAAACAGCAUGGUUCUGUAUAGAUCGAUCGCGUGCAAUUCCAAUCUUUCCUCAACGAAUACGGUAGCCAGAUGGGGAGCUGAAAGAGUGUAGUGUAGUGUAGUUGCAUCUAUACUGUACAUGUACAACAGUACCUGUGGCUUGUAUUUUAUAUGUAUAUAUAUGUAAUGAAGCAUUAUACUAAAAAGAA